AUGGCCAAAGACGAGCACACGUGUUUCCAGUGUGGUCGACGCGGACACAAGCAAGAAAACUGCCCGGACAGAAACGCAUAUCGCGACCUUCUGAAAAGUAAUGCUGUAGCUGCGAAGGCUCUGGAGACAAAAACACGCGGCCCUUGGAAGAAGGAGAGAAAGACGGGCCAUGAUUCUGCCCCUCAUGCCGCUGAUGUCGAUGAUCCUGCUCCUCGCGGCACUCACGUCGGCUGGAGUCCUCCCCGUGGUAGUCACGUUACCCGCUCUGCUCCUCCCAGUGUUCGUGCUAGCCACUCUGCCCCUCGGACUGUGUAUACCGAUACUACUGUUCCUGAAAGUGCGCAUGUCGAUCUCCCAGACACCCUCCCUCCAUUUGGAGAAGAUGAGUUGCUCAGCGAGGACGGCUCUUUUGACUUUGUCGAUACGGAACCCGGUGACGACAUCACCAUGAGUGUGGCUCUGUAG